CGUAACGGCGGGAGAGCGGAUAACGGAUAUUUAUUACGCUCAAAUUGCGUAUUAUUUUUUGUUUCUAAUAUUACUACUGCGAAAUAUUGCUUAUUAUUGUCUAAAAGCUGCCUAAUGCUUAAUAUUAUUGAUAAAGAGCAUAGAUUGUGUCAGUGUGCAGUGGCGCUAUGCUCAGAUUGUGAACAUCUUCCGCCGAAAAAUAUCCCAUCCUUAUCCCGAACAGUACAUUUUUUCCCCUUCCCUGUCCUUGAAGACUCAACAAAACAUCAGCAGGACAGGCAUAAAAUUUAGAUUGUGUCAGAUGGAUGGCAAUCUCAGGUUUCAAGUAACAGCUAUUUACAGUCCUACACUGCCAAUGGCUCUUGACACUGCUUAUUGGGAGAGUAUGAUUCACAGAUGUAUGGGCGGGGUCAGCCAGCUGCAGCAUGUGUUCUCUUCACGUUUACUUGCCGUCCGAGUACUGUAGUGGCGAGGAUGAAUACUGAAGAGACGCUGACAAAUCUGGUUCGAGGAUCAUCCCCCAGCUUAAACUGUAGGAGCACUCAUGUGUAUUAUUAGUGGAUCAUCGAAUGUAAUGCUCAAGACAUUCAAGACACAUUAACAAGCAUAAAGGAACACAUAUUGUUCAAGAUGCUGCAAUUGUGCACAGUUACUGACUGUCUAUUGAUCAGUAAUGCACGGUCAGCCUGUAAUGAUGAACUGAUCCAGAAGGAGGCGGUCACUUUCUGUAUCAAUGUGUCUAAGCAGCAGCCCUUUCCCUCUUCACGGGUCAGCACUUUGCGUGUGCCCGUCUAUGAUGACCCUAAUGAAGACCUGUACAAAUAUUUUGACCGCUGUGCUGAUGCCAUAGCAAGCGAGGCUCAGAGGGGUGGCCGCACCAUUGUGUACUGCAAGAAUGGAUGCAGUCGCUCAGCUACUGUCUGUGUGGCCUAUUUAAUGAAGCACCAAGGACUCAUUUUAACAGAUGCCUUUCAGGUCGUGAAAAGUGCCCGGCCAGUGGUGGAACCUAACCCAGGAUUUUGGACUCAGUUGGAGCGAUAUGAACAGGAGCUGAAGAUCCAGAGGUCAGCCAGCAGAAGAUCCAAUCCUUCUUCACUUUAACUUGCCACCAAUAUUUACUUUGUGCCUGUUCUUAGAAUUAUGUUAAUGGUUUCUAAGAUCUGAGGCCCUAGACACUUUAUUGUUUAGCCUGUUUAAACUUAUUUGUCCCUUUAAAUUAGGAUAUGUGCUUUAAAUUAUUAUCCUCAGGUUUUAUUAUCCAACAGUUUUUUUUUAUUAUUUUUCUUGGCGGAAGGAUCACUGGUAAAGAGUUAGCUGUUAGUAAAGCAAUGGAAUCUCAGGUUUUACUGUUAAACUAAAAGCCUUUAGGCUGCCAUUAGAGGCGUUUUAUUUAUUUUAAAGGAACAGUUCAACCAAAAAAAAUCUGUUUUCAUUUUUUCAAAAUCUGUUUACAUUUUUUUGUUCCAUUGAACACAGAGAAAGAUAUUUUGAAGAAUGUAGGAAAGCAAACCGUUCUGGGGCACUUUUGACAUUGUCAUUUUUCCUACCAUGGUAAAAAAAUGGUUGGUUUGGUUACAAGCAUUCCUCCAAAUAACUUUCUUUGUGUUCAUCGGAACAAAGACAUUUAUACAGAUUUGAAACAACUCGAGAGUGAGUAAAUGACAGAAUUUGUAUUUUUGGGUGACCUGUUCCUUUAAAUCAGGGGUCGGGAACCUUUUUUAACCAACGAGCCAUUUUUCCAGUUUUGGUUCAUUCCAAAAUUAAGCCAU